AUGGCUAAUAGUUCUAAAAAAGCUAUUGAACAGUUUUUAGAUGAAAGUUUUGAAGAUGAAUCAGACAUAUCGAAUGUGUAUGAUUCUGAUGCCGACCCGGAAUAUCGACCAGGUGAGAAUAAUACUAAUAUUAAUUUUGCUGGGCCAUCACAAAGCUUAGAAUUAACAAGUGCAGACGAUCCAUCAGCCGAUGAAUCGUUUUCCGAAAGCUCAAGUGAUAGCACCCUAACCUGUUGA